UUUCCAAUUUUCUUCUGCAUUCCCUCCAAAACCGAAUCAUUUUGCUUCUUUCUCGGAUCACACCACAACAAUGGACGAAACCGCCACCGUCACCGCCGAAACCACAAUUACCACCACCACCACCACUGUCAAGGGCGCCGCCGGAAGAAGAGGAGGCCAGAAGAAGAAAGCCGUUUCCAAGUCCACCAAAGCAGGCCUCCAAUUCCCCGUCGGUCGCAUUGCCAGGUACAUGAAGAACGGCCGUUACUCUCAGCGGUUAGGCACCGGAGCUCCGAUCUAUCUCGCCGCCGUUCUCGAGUACCUCGCCGCCGAAGUUUUGGAACUAGCUGGAAAUGCUGCGAGGGAUAACAAGAAAAAUAGGAUCAAUCCGAGGCACGUGUUGCUGGCUGUGAGAAACGACGAUGAGUUAGGGAAAUUGUUGCAAGGCGUCACCAUCGCUAGCGGCGGCGUGUUGCCGAAUAUCAACCCCGUUUUGUUGCCGAAGAAGAGUGGUGGUGCUGCCGCAGACAAAUCUGCGGCCACCAAGUCUCCUUCUCGUAAUUAGAAAAAAAAAUAUUAGGAUUUAGGUUUAGCCGUUUAGGUGCUCCUUUUGUACAAUACAUUAUCGUUUUUAGGGUUUGUUUUUUUGGUGUAGCUUUUUCAGUUACAGGUAACCAGCCUUAAGUCCUUAACUUUGGUUCAAAUCUAUUUUAUUCUAUUUUAUAUUUUAAUAUUUUAUUUGUGUAAA